ACGUCCAGUGACAGCAGCAGGGCUCUGGGGACACCGAGCUGCUCUCGGGGCCGCUGGGGCCGCGAGCUCAGGACCGGCUGGGGAAGGAUGGGAGGAUAAAGCCCAAAGCUGUGGAGAUGCUGAGGCUCCUCUUCCGCAGCAAGCCCAGGAUCCAGGAGGCAAAGUCUGACAUCACUUGGAUAGAGAAGGACCUGGUGGACUCGGCAGACAAGGGGGAAGGUGUGCAGGAAAUCAACAUCACCCACCAUGUGAAGGAGGGCUCUGAGAAGGCUGAUCCCUCCCAGUUUGAGCUCCUGAAGGUGCUGGGACAGGGCUCCUUUGGCAAGGUUUUCUUGGUGAGAAAAAUAACACCCCCAGACAGCAACCACCUCUAUGCCAUGAAAGUGCUCAAGAAGGCGACGCUGAAAGUGCGGGACCGACUGAGGACCAAGAUAGAAAGGGACAUCCUGGCUGAUGUCAACCAUCCCUUUGUGGUGAAACUCCACUAUGCAUUCCAGACCGAGGGGAAGCUGUACCUCAUCUUGGAUUUCCUCAGAGGAGGUGACCUUUUCACUCGGCUUUCCAAAGAGGUGAUGUUCACUGAGGAGGAUGUGAAGUUCUACCUGGCAGAGCUGGCACUGGGACUCGACCACUUGCACAGCCUGGGGAUCAUCUACAGGGACCUCAAGCCAGAGAACAUCCUCUUGGAUGAGGAGGGGCACAUCAAACUCACAGAUUUUGGCUUGAGUAAGGAGGCCAUAGACCACGAGAAGAAAGCCUACUCCUUCUGUGGCACCGUGGAGUACAUGGCCCCAGAGGUGGUGAACCGCCAGGGCCACUCGCACAGCGCUGACUGGUGGUCCUACGGGGUCCUGAUGUUUGAAAUGCUCACGGGGGCACUGCCCUUCCAGGGGAAGGACCGUAAGGAGACCAUGACCCUCAUCCUCAAAGCGAAACUGGGCAUGCCACAGUUCCUGAGCACUGAGGCUCAGAGCCUCCUGCGAGCCCUUUUCAAAAGGAAUCCAGCCAACAGGUUAGGGUCUGGCCCCGAUGGGGCAGAGGAGAUCAAGCGCCACCCCUUCUACUCCACCAUCGACUGGAAUAAGCUGUACCGCAGGGAAAUCAAACCCCCUUUCAAGCCUGCAGUGGGCCAGCCAGAUGACACCUUUUAUUUUGACACAGAAUUCACGUCACGGACACCAAAAGAUUCCCCAGGUGUCCCCCCCAGUGCAGGGGCCCAUCAGCUCUUCCGAGGCUUCAGUUUCGUGGCAACUGGGUUGAUGGAGGAUGGCAAAGUGAAACCUGCCCAGCCACCCCUGCAUUCCGUCGUGCAGCAGCUGCACGGCAAGAACGUGCAGUUCAGCGAUGGCUACGUGGUGAAGGAGGCCAUCGGCGUCGGCUCCUACUCCGUCUGCAGGCGCUGCAUCCACAAGGCCACCAACAUGGAGUACGCAGUCAAGGUGAUUGACAAGAGCAAGCGAGACCCUUCAGAGGAGAUCGAGAUCCUGCUGCGGUACGGGCAGCACCCGAACAUCAUCACCCUGAAAGACGUGUACGAUGACGGGAAGUACGUGUACCUGGUGACCGAGCUCAUGAGGGGAGGGGAGCUGCUGGAUAAAAUCCUCAGACAGAAAUUUUUCUCGGAGAGAGAAGCCAGUUCAGUCCUGCACAUGAUCUGUAAAACAGUGGAGUAUCUGCAUUCCCAAGGGGUGGUGCACAGGGACCUGAAGCCCAGCAAUAUCCUGUACGUGGAUAAAUCCGGGAACCCCGAGAGCAUCCGGAUCUGUGACUUUGGCUUUGCCAAGCAGCUCAGGGCUGAGAACGGGCUCCUCAUGACCCCCUGUUACACAGCAAACUUCGUGGCACCUGAGGUCCUGAAGCGGCAAGGCUACGACGAGGGCUGUGACAUCUGGAGCCUGGGGGUGCUGCUGUACACCAUGCUGGCAGGCUGCACUCCCUUUGCAAACGGUCCCAGUGACACUCCAGAAGAGAUCCUGACACGGAUAGGAGGGGGCAAGUUCUCCAUCAGUGGGGGCAAUUGGGACACUAUUUCUGACAUGGCCAAGGAUCUGGUAUCAAAGAUGCUCCACGUAGAUCCUCACCAGCGUCUCACAGCCAAGCAGGUCCUGCAGCAUCCCUGGAUAACCCAGAAGGACAGUUUACCCCAGAGCCAGCUCAACCACCAGGACAUUCAGCUUGUAAAGGGUGCCAUGGCUGCCACGUACUCAGCACUCAACAGCUCCAAGCCAAGCCCGCAGCUGAAGCCCAUCGAGUCCUCUGUCCUGGCACAGAGGAGGGUGAAGAAGCUCCCCUCCACCACCCUGUGAGCCCCACGGUGCAGGAACAGCCUGGAUUUUGCACAGCUGUGGAAGAGGGGGACAGGGGACGGGCAGGGUCUGCACAGGGCUCCCCUGGAGACUUGUUCUCAAAGGCCAAGUGCCUUCCUGCUCCUGAAAGACUGGCUCCUCCUCGUGUGGACUGAUCUUUGCUGAGACAACUUCACUGUAAAACUUUUUUGACGUGUAAAUUGUUGAUUUUUAAAGAAAUCCAUCUGUGUAUAUGAGAACUAGAAUGUAUAACUGAUGUUAAGUGGCACUAAAAAGCAGCUGUGAUUCA